UUAAUUUUUAUGUUCAAAGAUUAGCUAGAUGAGACUAGGAAGAGUGGAUUUAGCAGAUUUGAUCGCUUUUUCUCAUGAUUCAGGCGCAAGUAACAAAAGUGGUGUCAUUGUCAUAAUCUGACACCAAAUAUACAAGAAAAAUCAAGUUCAAAAAGGGUUUGUAAAUUUAUAUGUAAACCACUCCACAAACUCCAACCCGGUCUCUGAGUUUAUCCCGCCACAAAACACUAUUCGAUUCAAUGAUGAGUCUGAAAGCUCUUCGCAACAAAACACACAAACAUCAUUCACAUCUCUCCCAUCUUUAUCAUGUACAUUAUUCUUCUUCUUCUCAUCGCCCACUUUUACCUCACAAAGAGAAGCCCAUCAACUGGAACACAACCCACUCUUUCAUCCACUCCACCCCUUUACUCUCUCUCCUAGAAAAAUGCAAUUCAAUGACCCUUCUCAAACUAAUCCAAUCCCAAAUGCUUGUUACUGGGCUCAUCUCAGAUGGGCUGGCUGCAAGCCGUUUAGUUGCAUUUUGUGCCAUGUCUGAAGCUGGUUGCAUUCGUUAUUGUAAAGAUUUGUUGAUGUUUACACCGCAGUCUAAAGUGUUUUCUUGGAAUGUGACUAUUAGGGGUCAUUUAGAGAGAGAUUUUGAUGUCAAAGAAGGCCUUUUUUUGUAUAAGUUAAUGUUGGCAACUAGUGCUUGCAGGCCUGAUCAUUAUACUUUUCCUUUGUUGUUUAAGUGCUGUGCGAGGCUAUUGUGGCUUCCCGUGGCGUAUGGGAUUGUUGGACAGGUUUUGAGAUGGGGGUUUGAUUCCGAUUUGUUUGUGCGUAAUGCCAUGAUUCAUGUUUUUGUGUCUUGUGGGGAGCUGGGUGUUGCGUGUAAAGUGUUUGAUGAAAGUUGUGUGAGGGAUUUGGUUUCGUGGAAUUCGUUGAUUAAUGGUUAUGCUCGAAACGGGAAGGCGGUGGAUGCGGUGAGGAUUUUUAGGGAGAUGGAGAUGGUGGGAAUUCAGCCUGAUGAUGUUACCAUGCUUGGGGUUGUCUCGUCGUGUGCGCAGUUGGAGGAUUUGAAUAGUGGGGUGGAGUUUCAUCGGUUAAUAGAGGAAAAGAAUAUUGAUUUGACUGUGUCUCUUGCUAAUGCACUUGUCGACAUGUAUGUAAAGUGUGGGGAUCUUAGUGCUGCGGAAGAUAUGUUUAAUAAGAUGAAAAAGAGAACUGUCGUGUCAUGGACUACUAUGGUUAUGGGGUAUAUUAAAUUUGGUAUUCUUGAUACAGCUAAGAGACUUUUUGAUGAAAUGCCAGAGAAGGAUGUGGUUCCAUGGAAUGCAAUGAUAGGCGGUUACGUUCAAGCUAAUCGUAGCAAAGAGGCAUUAGACCUGUUUCACAAUAUGCAGGCCAGGAAUGUUAAGCCGGAUGAGGUGACUAUGGUUAACUGUUUAUCUGCAUGCUCACAACUGGGAGCUCUUGAGGUUGGAAUUUGGAUUCAGCAUUACAUUGCAAAACACAAACUUUGUGUUAAUGUUAGCUUAGGCACAGCACUAGUUGACAUGUAUGUAAAAUGUGGCAACAUGGACAAGGCACUCCAGGUUUUCAGUGAGAUGCCUGAUAAAAACUCAUUAACUUGGACUUGUAUAAUUGGUGGUUUCGCAACUCAUGGUAAUGCACAUGAUGCCAUAUCUUAUUUCCUAUGGAUGAUUAACUGUGGUUUGCAGCCAGAUGCAGUCACCUUUCUAGGGCUCUUGUCGGCUUGUUGCCAUGGAGGGUUGGUUGACGAGGGACGCAUGCUUUUCACCCAAAUGAGUUCAAAAUUUAAUAUUAAGCCCAAACUCAAGCACUAUUCUUGCAUGGUCGACCUCCUUGGUAGGGCUGGUUUAUUAAAAGAAGCCGAAGAGCUUAUAAAGAACAUGCCAAUGAAAGCAGAUGCUGUGGUUUGGGGGGCUUUGCUAUUUGCCUGUCGAGUUCAUAAAAAUGUUGAAAUUGGAGAAAGGGCUGCUUUUAAACUUAUUGAGAUGGAUCCACUUGACAGUGGAAAUUAUGUUUUGCUUGCUAACAUAUAUGGGGAAGCAAAUAUGUGGGAGAGAGCUAGAGAGACGAGGGAGUUGAUGAAGAAAAAUAGAGUGGAUAAGGUUCCAGGAUGCAGUUCAAUUGAGAUUGAUGGGAAUGUGUAUGAGUUUAUGAUUAGAGACAAAUCACAUCAGCAGGCAACUCAUAUAUAUGAUUGUUUGUCUCAGUUAACAAGCCAUCUGGAGCUUGUCGGACAUGUCUAUUCACCUUCAGAAGAUGACAUUCUCCUUAGUUCAAAUGUUGUCCAUCUGAUUUGAAUUAUGAAGCCUUCUCCGUGGGAAUGAUCGAUAGCCAACUGCUCGAAGGCCUUCUUGAAAAGAAUUUUUCCCAUCUAAAUUUUGCAGAAAGGGUGGACAUACAAUUGAAAUGGCAAUAUACUAAGCAAAAGGUUCUCCACCGAUCAAUUUCAGGUCUCAAGUUCAUCAGUAUAUAAAAAAAAAUACACUCCCUUAAACUCUAAAGGAGAGUAUUUAUACUCCGUCCUGCACGUGGUAUGAAUCUGACUGCAUAGUGAAUUUUGUUGGUGAUUUUGUCUUGAUUAAUGUUUUCCGACCAAUUUUUCUUCGUUCUUUUUCCAAUUGGAAUAGAUUCAUUGUUUUGUUCUACAUCUUUUCCAUUUUUCUCGCGCUAUGUUUUGCAAUUUAAUUUUUAAAAAUCAAAGACCAUGUUCGGCAAGCCCCAACAUAUGAUUCUAAAUUUUAUUAUAUAUGCCUAAUGAUGUACAUUAAUUGCAAAUAUUUGCUCUUCGAUGAACUACUAAAUUUGUUGAAAAAAGAGGGUUCAAUUUGUUAGGAUUGAAUAUCUGUGUAGGAUUAAUUUGGACGACUUGAUUAUAUAUGAUCUUAGGGAGCUGAAUAUAAAGUGGUGUCCGUAGUGAUAAACAUACAUAUCGAUAUAUUUGGAUAAAUACUCUCAUGCACAAAUAUAAAGGAUGAAGCACCUUGCACAUGAACCAACUUAUUUAGUAAGUACAUACAAAUUCUACUUCUAAUCUGAUAGUUUGAUUGUAGGCACUCUGCAAAUACAUCUUCUACUCGGUUUGACAAAGAAACAGAGCCGUAUACUGAAACACUUAUACAAAUAACUACAAGUGAGACCAAAGAGGUUUUGCAUGAGUAAAUUGUCAUGUCUUGAAACAUUUUACACCCUCCUAAUUUAUUUGUCGUGUUUCUGCAGGAUAAACUUAUUGAUAUUCUGUUAAUGAUUACUGACAUUGUUAAAUAAGUGUGUGAGUUUAAUGUGAAUGUCAGUUAUCUUACACCAAACAUCGAUAAGAGACUAUAUUCAGUGGUCAGACUAUGAGAUUAUCUGAGAGCCACCCCACACUUUCAACAAUGAAGUGAACACUAAUGUGGAGCCAAACACAAAGGAAGAAGCAUAAAAGUGUGACCUAAAGCACCAAGAUAGCCUGACAGGUCUCCCGGCAAAAACACUGUCUCUCAGCUUCGCAGUGGUAAGGUUUGCGUACAACUUUUGCCCCUGCUUCGCCACAAUGAGUAUCUUUGGUUUUUGGAUAAGUGGUAAGCCAACAUUAAUUAUUAGGAACUGGAUUUAAUGCUGAACUCCGAUAGUGCCCUUUUGAGUUUCCGGCCGUGAGUCCUGCCUUAUACAGGCUUGUAGCUUCUAUUUAUAUGUAACUAAGCUAGCACCAACUCAUAAACAUCGGUAUACCGGAACUCACUAACACCGUUGUCACUAAUCACAGCCGCCUGAACUCAUCUGUCCGUCGCCGCUCAGUAGCAACCAUGAACAACCAUGAAAAGAGAGAGGAUGGGAAGAGCAUCACAUUCACGACUUCAAAAUCAAAGAUAGAGUUUUUUUUUUCCUUUUUGCAUGCACAAAAAGUACCGAGGGAAAGAGGAAAAAAACCCGAUACUGAGAGGAGGAAAAACACAGCAACGGAAGAGAGAAACAAAAGCUUUAGGGGCAUUUUGGUAAUUUAAUUUUUUCAAAUUUAAAAUAAACAAUGGGAAAAUGAAUUUUUUUGUCA